AUGUGUGCCUUCGCCCAGGCCAACAAGAAUGUUCAUAAGGAGUUGAAAGAAACCCUUGUGAACUCCAACAAAGUAAUGACGCAAUACGUCAAAGCGGUUAACCUGGAACGAACCAAGCAGAAUCAUAACCCCACAACAUGUAGCGCAGGCGGAAGCACACAUCUCAUGAAAUGUGAAACUACACAGACUGAAACACGGACAAUACAAACUACCGAACACACCGAGGUUGAGUGGAUGAAAGAGAGAAUAAUACAGCAAGAUGAAAAGCUGGAUAUCAUAAUGGCCACCAUUACCCAAUACAACAAUGACAUCCAAUCAUUUCGGGAAACUGCGAAUGACGGGUACGCAGGCCCGCAUUCGCAAAAUAAUGAUGGUGGAUCCUGGGCGGAAGUCGUUAAUAAGAAAGGGAAAGCUUUCAAGGUCAACAACCCAGCUGCAGCCCCACCCCCAUCAAAGUUAUCUGAGGCCAGGAGAGUCACGAAAGGAGCAUCAAGACAUGGUGUUAGGAUUCGACCAGCAGCUAUCGUGAUCGACGCUGCGAGUGAGGAAGAUUUUCCUGCUCUGACACAAAAAAUCAAAUGUGGAAUUUCAGUGGGGAACAAUAUCACAGGGAUGAGAAAGACGAAGAAAGGCAGUCUACUUCUGGAGGUGCGUGGAGACCAGGAUGCAGUGAACCUGGUGAGAUCCGAGGUAUCUCGUGCAGUAGGAACCGGUGCAAACGUCAGACAGUUGCAUCAGCGUACAAUGCUGGAAAUCAGAGACAUAGACACAUGGUCCAACAGGGAUGACAUCGCUGACUCUAUCGCUAACGAGACGUCAGUAAAGAGAGACAUGGUGAAUGUAGUCAGUCUUAAAAAUGUAUAUGGCAGAUCCCAGACAGCACUUGUCCUACUGCCUACCAACGAGGCUAAUGCUAUUGUCGCCUGUGGUCGAAUCAACAUAAGUGUUGUCAGCUGUAGAGUCCGUGUAGCCGAGAACCGAAAAAGGCGCUGCUACAGAUGUUUGGCUUUUGAUCACGAAUCGAAGGAAUGUAGGGGAAUGGACAGAAGAAAUUGCUGCAGACGGUGUGGUAAAGUAGGGCACUUUGCGAAGGACUGCACCACAGAGGUGAAAGAGGCGGCAACCUUUGGUGAACUUCUUAGGAAGGAAACUCGCAGUAACGGUGAGAGAACAUUGGAGGCAGAAGGGAUCCUGGCGAAGAUGUCCCAGGCGAACCCGCCACACUAA